AUGGAAGCGCCGUCGCUGACUCUGGUAGUUCUGCAGGGCCCUCGCAGGGGCGAGACCUUCGAUUUCCGCCCCGGAUCCACCGUCCGGAUCGGCCGGGUCGUCCGGGGAAACACUCUGGCCAUCAAAGACGCCGGCAUCUCGUCCAAACACCUCGAAAUCGAUUCGAAUUCCGGGAAAUGGACGGUCGAGGACCUCGACUCCUCCAACGGCACGACUCUCAACUCCUCCCAACUCCCUCCUCUCCUGCCGUCCGACCUCCGCGACGGCGACGAGAUCAAGCUCGGCGAGCUCACUUCCGUCAUGGUCCGGCUCCGAAUCGAGAACCCAAAUCCAUUGCCGCCGCUGCAGCGGGGCCGGAGGAAGCAGGUUGGUGCUUCGGUUAAACUCGCUGAACCGGAAGCUAGGGUUUUGGCGGAGGAGAGUCAAUUGCCGCCGAGCGUUCCGAAAAGAGGGAGGCCAAGGAAAGCUAGGGUUCCGGCUUCUCAAAAAUCGGAGCCGCCUCCGCCGGUCGUCGGCAGGGUUACUCGGAGCAGGAAGAGUGAAAUAGAUUGCUCGACUUCUGAUUGCGUCGAGUUAGGGAUUCCAGAGAAAAAGAAGAAUGCGCCGCCGGCGAGAAGGGGAAGGAAGAAGGAGCCAGCACCGUCGCCGGAGAAUGAUGAUGUUGUCCUGAUAGAAAUCAAGGAUGGCCCGGAAUUCGGAGCGAGUUUGGCUGAAAAAGCUCGAGAAGGAGGUGGCGAUCGGAUUAGCGUGGUGGAAAUCAAGUCGGAUUCAGACUGUGAAGCUCAUGGUGGUGAUGCUAACAGGGUUAGUGUAGUGGAAAUCAAGGGGAAUGAGGGUUUAGAGCCGAAGUUAGCUGAAGAAGCUCAACAAGGAGUUGGUUGCGAAGCUGUGGUAGACGAACAACAAUGCGAAGCUCCUGCGAAAGAUGGACCCAAUUCAGAUGAGCACGCAGGGGAAAAGAGUGAGGAGCCUGACCUGGAGAAGAUGACUUUGAGGGAAUGGUUCAAGUACAUGGAAGUGCGACUGACCAAGCAAACUGUGGAGGCUUCUGAGAAGAUGAUCGACGAAAUGAGGAAGAAAGCUGCCCGGGUGCAAGAGUACAUCGACGAGCAGAAGAAGAUGAAGAAGGCAUCUUGA